AAGAUUACUUUAGCAUUGUAAUCACAACUUCGAUACAUCAAAACCCUUUUUUACUAGUCUUGCCUUUUCCUUGACUUGGAAAAUAGUUAUAUUCUCAUAUGCAUUAUCUUUUGAACAGACACAGGUUGUUUCAGCAAAGUUCGUCAUGAAGACAGAUGAUGAUGCAUUUGUUCGUGUAGAUGAAGUGCUAGGCUCUUUACAGAGGAUCACAAUGUGACUCAUGGAUUGCUAUAUAGAUCCAUCAAUUCAGAUUCCCAACCUCAUCGAAAUCCUGAUAGCUAAUGGUACAUCAUCCCAGAGUAAAGGAAUGGAGUGAAGGAACUUAUCCUCCAUGGGCACAUGGUCCUGGUUUUGUGGUCUCACAUGACAUUGCAAGGACAAUCUACAAGAAAUACAGAGAGAAUCAUUUGAAGAUGUUUAAAUUAGAAAACAAUGCAAUGGGAAUCUGGAUAGCAGAAAUGAAGAAGGAUGGUCCAGAAGUUCAAUACGAGAAUGAGGACAGAGUUUAUAGAGUUCAAUAACGAAGAUAGCAUUUCUGAUAAAUAAUUUCCCUCUUUC